CCUAACCGCCAUCACGCUCCACCUUGGCAUAUCAGGCUUGCUCUGAUAUACAUAGAUCUCCAGAUCUACCUGUCUUCCUCUUAUACCUCGAUCUCACAGGGAUCAGGUCUCUCGCCUUUCACAGUGGCCCUAGCAUCUAUCUGUAGAGUAGCUCGACGCCUCGCUAGCUCUUUGUCUGCUUCGCCAGAGACAAGAGCUAGAUUGCUGUUACCCCGAUACUCAAUGGGGGAGGCCGUGCAAACGACCAGCAGUUGGCCAGGUUACAGCGGGCUCAAGCACCUCGUGAUCUUCGGCGAUUCCUAUUCCGAUGUAGGAUAUAACUCGCGCUCGAGACACCCAAGACCUGAAGAGCCUCUCGGCGUAGACUUCCCCGGGAUUACCUGGACAGAACAAGACCAGCCUAAUUGGGUUGGACACCUCGUUACAAAAUAUACCCCGAAUCCGCUUUUAGUCUAUGAUUAUGCCGUAGGAGGCGACACCAUCGCUGGUGUAAAGAGACAGGUUGAGCGGCAAUUCCUUCCUCAUGUCGGGCAGAAGCCAGAUUGGGCACCCUGGACUGCGGAAGAUACACUUUUUGUUACCUGGAUCGGGAUUAAUGAUAUCUCAUGGCAGGGAGUCGCCCUGCCCGGUAUGAGUGAGCUGUUUGAGCUGCAACAUUCGCUAUACGAGACAGGCGCUCGCAACUUCUGCUUCAUCGACGUCCCUCCAAUUGAACGUGCACCGAUCGGAAGCUCGCGCUCUUCCUCUCUUUACGACAGCUGGAACAGGCGCCUCCGUGAGCACUGCAAAGCGUUCGCCGCCGACCACCCCGACGCCUCCGUCUUCAUCUACUCCGCCCACCGCACAUUCAGCCGCAUCCUAAACGACCCCAUCUCGCACGGCUUCUCUUCGCUAGACACCGUGACCGCCUUUGGCGAGGUUUGGGUCGACCAGGUCCAUCCCACGAGCCGGAUCCACGACUGGGUCGCGAAAGACUUUGCUGCAUUCUUGUAUAACAGGAAGCCGUAUGAGGAGGCUGAGGGUGAUACAGACAGUGCCAGUGAUUUGAAGGAGGGUGCUAGUAUUGCAGAGUCCAGCGCUCCAAGCAGUACCAUGGCAUGAUAUUGGGUUGAUACGUGGUUUACUUCUCUUCUUGGGCUCGGGGGUUUAUCGGGUAUAUUUGUUCACUCCUCACUUCCGCUCUGGUUGUACUGUUGUCCAUCAUGCUCUUGCUGUCCAUGUUCAUUCAUCGUAAAUAUAGACCCGCAGUAUCCUAUAAUCUACAGCACCUGGCCUACGGCAUUCCACACUCAUCUAGCAUAGGCUACGUCCAAGAGGUACAUGCUACACAUCUAUACAUAUGCUACAAGUCAGAUGUCCGUGUUCGGCUGGUGCUAACCCGCCCGUGGCUGCCCCGCCCAGCUCGUCCGCCUAGAGAUCCUCUGGACUCCGCCAGCUGAUCCCCGCUCAGCAGCCCCGUUUCCUCGUCGCCCACAGGGCUACCAAUACGCUCGCGACUCUUACUUCGGCUGUGGGGCGGACGCUGGCCCGGGCGGUACAGGAAUGAUUGCGUGACGAUCGUGAUGUCGAACAUGAGCGUGCCGCCGCUUCCCAAAAGAUAC